GUUUCUCCCCUGAAGCUCGAAAAUUCCCAGCCACCGCCACCCUUCCAUUUCUUGAAAAAAUUUGGAAGAAGGCUUGAAAUUUCUCCUCCUUUCUUGUUAAAUAACAAGAUUUAGGAGCUUAGAAACCUUCUCCUCCUGCAGAAAAUUCCAGAUCUGCUGCUGCCUUCUCCUUCCUUUUGCCGCCGGUUGCUGCUCUUGGUGUGGGUGGCGAAAUUUCCAGUUUUUUUAGAAUUUCUCCUUCCAUGCCGCCGGCCUUCCCCCAAAUUGCAGCUCCGGCCUUGCUUGCUGGAUUCUGGUUCCUGAUCGUUCUGUUAGUUUAGCACUGAGAUCGAGUCUUCGGUUUUAUGCGAGUGAGGAAGUGAAACUAAGGACGGGAAAACCACGGGAAGUAACGAGUUAGAAGGCUAGCCAUUUCGAGAUUGACAUAGAUUUUAGAUAUAGAUAAUGAUCUUGUAAGCUAGAUUUUAUUUGGAGAUUUUAUGAUAUCAGAACAAAUUUUAAGAUUUUUAUCUUCAGAUUUUGUGGUAUCAGAUUGUGGUAUGAUAAGUUCCGAGUCUUGUGCAUUUGUGGGACCCUCUCAUGAGUGCACGGCGUCUGUCGCACCUCAAAUUUGGGUUUUGGGGCAUGACACAAAAACCCUUACUUAAAUACUAAAGUAUCACAAAAUUUAGGGAUAUUACAAAAACUUAGCAUACAAAAUUGAAGAUUGAGACGUCUUGCUUUGUUGAGCUUGAAUCACAUCAUCAACUAAAAGUUUGAGUUGUGGAAACAUAAGGUGUUGAGCUACUAAGAGUUCUUGAAGUUCCUUGAUUUGGGCUUCUUUUCAGCCAUAGGUUUGAAAAGGUCAUCUAGGUACUAGGUAUCACUUUAGUGACCAAGGCAGACAGGAAGGACUUGGAUGAUAAGGAAGGAUAGUCGGCACACCUUAACUUUGGAUCUUGCCUCGUUACGACGCCUCCUAAUGAACUGCCUCAGGAAGGACACCAACUUAGAAUUUGUCAUGCGCACCUUGACAUACGUUAGCAAGGAGGAUUGAUUUGAAAAUAUUUGAAUUUUUUGAGUUGCAAGAGGAGUAAUGCUUUGCUUUGAGUUCACCAUGUUUGGUAGGAUGUGAUGAAAUUUUUCUUGCAAUUGAACAAUGAGAGUAAAAGAUCUUCCUAGUG